GUAGCAUGUCGGAUCGGGAUCCUCUCCUUCUUCCAAGAGCUGUUGUCGUUAUCAGCGGAAAGAGAAAGUCUGGGAAAGAUUUUGUGGCAAAUUUGCUUCAAGAAAGGUUUUCUUCAGAACUCUGCACAUUUCUGAGGCUCUCAGGUCCUCUGAAAUCGCAGUAUGCCAAGGAGAAUGGCCUUGACAUUGAGAGACUGUUAGAUUCCUCACAAUACAAGGAAACAUACAGAGAAGAUAUGAUCAGAUGGGGAGAAGAGAAACGAAAAGAGAAUUCCGAGUAUUUCUGUCAUCUGGCCACGUCAGGAGCUGAUAAGGAGAUCUGGGUAAUUAGUGAUGCCAGACGAACAACGGACAUUGAAUACUUCUUAAAAUACCACCCACAAAAAACAUUAACGGUCCGUAUCCAAGCAACCAUGGCAGUACGAAAGGAAAGGGGAUUUAUUUUCAAAAAAGGUGUAGAUGAUGCAGACUCUGAAUGUGGAUUGGAUACUUACACAGCUUGGGAUCAUGUAAUAAACAAUAGUGGGGACAGUGUCACGUUAAUGCAGGAGUUGCAGUCCCUGAUUAAUGAUGUCAUCAAGUUACAACAACUUGGUACCAUUCAGUGGAAUGUCGGGGGUCCUAAGAUGAAGUGACUACAACUGUACAUGCAUGGGAAUCGCGUAUCACUGUCUUAGCUUGAUGUACUGAUGAGAGAUGAUGUACUGAUGAGAGAUGAUGUACUGAUGGGAGAUGUCAGAUGUACUACUAAAUGUACAAGUACAUUACCCGUGACUUAUUCUAAUAAGAAUGACAAAGCGAUGGAACAAAUGUUUGAAAUAAUAAUGACAUCCCUGUCAUAGAAAUAGACUAAUUGGAUGCAGCAAUUUGCCGUCUUGUUUGUCGUUAUUAAAAUCGGCAUUGAGUAUUUUCACCUGAUUAAUAGGUAAAUAGAUUGAUAGUACGGAGGUUUAGACUCCAGAAAGAACAUUUCACUCGUGCAGAGACAAAUCGGCCUCUGGGUCAUCACAACGACUAAUGGUCAUUGAUGAAGAGGAUUUAUAUCGCAGUGCUUUAGUAUCUAUGGCCUCGCCCAAUAUGCUUAAUCUGAGUGUUUGAUGGCACAACACAGUUACCAUCAGGUCUGUCCCGGGUGAAUUCUGCAGGGGCGCGUUUUACAAAAGAAAUUACGACUUACGACCAAGUUUACAAACUGGAAUUUUCUAGUUUAUUUUGAAAUCAUUAGCUCCAAAUGCCAAUUUUUUUUUUAUUUUUUUUUUUGUUGAUGAUGAAAACUAAGCCUUAAAAAAGUUUUACUUAAUUCACCCAAAGUAAUAACAGUGUAAUACAAUUUAAGACUUGCGACUUUGUCGUAAGAUGUUUUGUAAAAUGGAGCUCUAACCGUUCCACUUACGCUCUACACGACAUGGACGUGGUAGUCUGAAUAGAAAGAUGGAUCUGACGACGGCUGGCUCAGGGUAAAAAGCUGAGUGGAGUGAAAGUCAAAAGCUAGUCUGUGAUGGUGUGGCGUGGUUGACUCAUCUCCAUGUUGACAUAUAAAGUCAUUCUCCCUACUUUAUUUCCUGCAGAAUUGAUAUCUACAAAACUCUGUAUUCAAUCAUGAUGCGUAAAAACCAAAUAUGUAAACGAAGCCAACUCGGUGCAAUACUUUGUUCACAGACAGCAUUGCCUUUUUUCACUUGUCUAAUCCAAUAUGUGACAUAAACAUGGCCUUAGAUUUAAGCUUCAAAGACAUUUACCAACAUUCACAUUGUAAUGUAUUAAAAAAGAGCGUUAAAAGAUUUGUCACUGCAGCAAGAAGCAAAUUUGAUAUCAGGUUGACAGACAUAUCCUACUCUAACAGCCUUCUAAAAACAUUACCAAUUCAUAUUUCUUGAAUUGAGAGUUUUCAAGUUCUCAUACACAAAAUUGAUAGUUUACCUCAAUGCAUACAAAGUUAUACAAUUUAGCUUCUGGCCAGUCUACACUGCA